ACUUGUCUAUAUAUGCAUUUUUAGGAACUAAGAGAGCAAUACAGAGUCUCUCAUUCUUGGAAAUUCUUUCAUUACAAUUAGAAUUGAGAAAGUAAAAGAAAACUAGCUAGCUUCUAUUAUUAUCAAAUGAUGGGGAGACCACCUUGCUGUGAGAAAAUUGGUGUUAAGAAAGGACCUUGGACUCCAGAAGAGGAUAUCAUUUUGGUCUCUUAUAUUCAAGAACAUGGACCUGGGAAUUGGAGAUCUGUUCCCAACAGGUCAGGUUUGAUGAGAUGUAGUAAGAGUUGCCGACUUAGAUGGACCAAUUAUCUUAGACCAGGAAUCAAAAGAGGUAACUUCAAUGAUCAUGAAGAAAAAAUGAUAAUCCAUCUUCAAGCACUUUUGGGAAAUAGAUGGGCAGCCAUAGCUUCUUAUCUUCCACAAAGGACAGACAAUGACAUAAAAAACUAUUGGAAUACACAUUUGAGGAAAAAGCUAAAGAAGGUUCAAAUUCAAACAGGUAAUGAUAAUGAAAAAGAAGAAAACACUUCUCCACAAGUUAAAGGACAAUGGGAAAGAAGGCUUCAAACAGAUAUUCAUAUGGCAAAACAAGCUUUAUGUGAAGCACUUUCACUUAACACUCCAAAACCUAUUUUACUAGCUGAAACAAACCUAACAACAGAAAACAAAACAUCUCCUUAUGCAUCAAACACUGAAAACAUAGCUAGAUUGCUAGAAAAGUGGAUGAAGAAACCCGAAAACUCGGACGAGGUGGUAACCACCGGUUCAAGUUCUAGUGAAGGAGGACAGAAAAGUCAAGCUUUUGAUUCUUUGUUGAGCUUUAAUUCUUUUAAUUCUGUGUCAGUUGAAGAUAACAUCAACUUGACAAUGGAUUCUUGCCUCUUUCAAUAUGAAAGUAAGCCAAACCUAGAUUCUCAAGUUCCUUUCAUGUUCUUGGAGAAGUGGCUUUUUGAUGAUGGUGCUCCUCAAUGCAAUGAAGAAGAUCUAAUCAACAUAUCAAUGGAGGAGAAUUCAGUAGGGUUGUUUUUUAGUAAAUAGCUCAAGACACACUCCAUCUGAUCUGAUUCUUAGUAGAGAAAGUUUACUUUUUAAUAUAUUGAGUAAAUAUUAUAUUUGACCUAUAUUAUAGCUCAGAUACAACAGUUACUCAAUAUAUCCAAAAAAAAUAAACUUUCUUUCAAGGUUACGUUGCACUUCGGCUAUCAACUUUUAUAUUGCGGUAAAAUAAAGAAAAAUGUGGAUGAUAUAGUUGAAAAUUGCAAUUACAAUGUCACGUCAUCAAAAUUAUUUAUAAUUGCAGUUGUGAACCGCAAUUUUAAAGUGUCUUUUUAUAUUUUUACUAUGCAUGGUAUGGUUCCGGGAAAUAUGGAACUGCAAUUCUAACUAGGAAGGUAACUCGCAGGUUACAAAAAAAAAAAGUGUACAUUAUAAUUUAUAAUAUAUGUAUCGUUAAUUUAUUAUGUUAUUUACCAAUUCA